AUGAAGUGUGAAGGAAGUCCGUCUAAUCUACACCUCAACACACACUGGAAACACCUCCCUGGAAAUGAAAAUCUGGAUGAACCAAAAUACGUGAUUUUAGACUACAUUCACCAUUUUAUACCUCAAGCAAAGAUCUUAAUAACAUUCCGAGAUCCGGUUGACAGACUAUAUUCUGACUACUACCACGAAUAUGGUAAGAAUACGAAGAGAAACAAGCCAAACCCUCGCCAGUUCCACAGGGUGGUAUCAGCAGGUGUGAAACUUUACCAGGACUGUUUCAAACGCCGCUCCGUCCGUAGCUGUGUUUACGAACCUUUUCUUUAUAAUCAAACGAAGGUUCAAAUGCAGUUAGGAAUAUAUUAUAUAUUUUGGAAGGACCUCACGAGAAUCUUUCCUAGGGAGCAAAUACUUGUUAUUCAAAAUAAAAAUCUUCACGAUAAAGAAACGACCAUGAGAAGGGUGUAUCAAUUUCUAAAAUUACGUAAGAUCUUUUGAUAUUUAAUAUUAAGGAUUACAUAUUUAUUUCUUGUAUUUUAGACAUAUUUGCUGGUUUUAUUAUGCUCACACAUUAUUUUCGCAUACCGUGUCUUAAAUAACCAAAUAAAGCGUAAAUUGCUUCUGGCGAUGUUUAUUUCCUGAUAAUUUCUUUGCUUGGUUUGUAUCUGUUUGGAGACAUUUACACCGAGUUAGUACAUUUAACAUUUUUAUUUGUAUCAUUUUUAAAUAUCUUAAUUGCUUUAUAAUUUGGCAAUGUUUUUUAUUCAGGAUAUCUUGCUCAAGAUGAGUUCUCUGAUGGGUCAAUAGGCCUACCAAAGACAGAAAAGGAAUUUUAAAAGGGCCCGAUUUCUUUAUUUGAUAGAUAAGUUUAUUUGGUCUACAUCGGUUUAUAUGUAAUAUAUUCACAUAUUAUAAAAAUAACAAACAGCAACAGGUUUAAUUAUAUAUGCAUAUUGUCAAAAGAUCACACUGAAGUCGCAUAAUAUCCUUACUAAAGCCUCCGAGAUGCACGUCUCAACUAGCUACCUGCAGUCCCUGAGCGGUGCACCACUCUCUUGUUUUGUCCUAUUUGUCUGUUUGUUUUGCUGUCUGCAAGUGUGCAUACGUGUGUGCGUACGUACGGGCAUGUAGUUAAGUGUAUUUGUUGGUCUUUUGCAGGUCUAUAGGUUACAGUCCAGGGAGAUUGCAUUUUCACUGCUGAAUAUCAAUCCUUGUUUUAUCCACUUGCCCGAACACCCCCGGCUAUUUGUCUACCCAAUACUUCUUUUUGAAUCUUGAUUCUUGAAUAUGAUGUAAAUGUCCUUGUUAUUAUAUUUUUGAAGUUUGAAACAACCAGUCUGCUAUAUCUCUAUGCAUUGUGGGCUUUUUUUGUAAUGCAUGGUUCUGGCCGUGUUUGCUGUGCUCUGUACUUCCAGGAAAUCUAUCCUUAGAGAAAUAACAACAAUAGGAAUUAAAUAAUGUUCGACGUAUGGAUAAGUCAAAAAAGGUAUAUUACUGAAAAGAACAUUUGAACCAAUCUGUCUUUGCAUCAUUAUAACAUAGACUCGUAAAGGCAUAUGAGUAUCCUCGGCCUUUGAGGGCACGGGUAAUGAUAUUUAAAGUAUCCUUCACGUACGCCCUGGUUGAUCUUCUUUAAGCUUGGUCUGAAACAACUUUGUUUUAUGCCCGCUCAUGGUAAAAAAUACUUUAUCACAAAAAGAAUAUAAAUGCAAAAAAAUUUCUUAAAGUGCGGCAUACCAGAACUAAGAUGACUUACACAAACGUUGGUGGAGAUGUGUUGGGAGACUCGUCUUUCUUACUUUUAUUUUCCAUUUGUUUACUUUUUUAUUUAUUUUGUUUGUUUUUUUUUUUACACGUAUAUCAGUAACUGACUAAAUGUAAUUACAAUGGUUGAUAAGAAAUGUCGAAUUAUUAUGUGUUCGCACGUUAAUGGUGGCUCUAAGCUUAACAAGAUGUCAGGCGUUAAAAUAAAGUACGUGUAUUUUCAAAGAUCACAUGUUAAAAAAGAGCCAAUGUUAAAUUCCUUGUUAAUAUAUGUUAAGGUUUUCGAUAUAUUUAAAAAGAAAAUGUUCUCUACAAUAAACUGUCGUCACCAUGUU